AUGGAAACACAACGUUAUCAUGACGGAGCAUAUCCGUAUCAGGGACAAGAAUAUAACGUCGUACAACAGCAACAGCAUCCCUUCCAGGACAGGCGACAGAAUGGCGCUUAUUCUGCACAACCACAGUAUACUCAUGUACCACAGAAUCGACAAGAACAAUUGCCACAAGGUCAAUCUCCUCCCGAACAAAACAGCGUUCUACCAUUGCCCCAAUCCCCCGAACCCGUAAAGCAACCUCCUGUCCCUCGGUAUGAGCCACCUACUGCUGGGGCAAUUGCACCAGAUGAGAAUCCUCUGUCGCCAACAACCCCAAAAUUCACCCGAGCAAGCACCAAUAUGGCCAUUGUUCCUCCACCAUCAGACAUGUCUCAGUAUUCAAUUGGGACAUUCACACCGAGUCCACAGGCCAUUCGCGGAGGCUCGUGGCAACACGGACUUUGCUCAUGUGCUGAGCCUUCGAUCUGCUUGACUGGAAUCUUUUGCCCAUGUAUCGUCUAUGGCAGGACGCAGUACCGGCUAACCCUGCGGGGAGAGAAGAAAGACCCUACCAACAUGUUGGGUUAUACCGCCAUCAAUGGUUCUUGCAUCGCCUUCGGGGUGCUUUGUGGAAUCAAUGGCUUUUUGGCGGCCAUCCAACACACGAGAGUACGGAAGGCAUAUAACAUGAAUUCUGAGGCUGGAAAUGUCGCUGGCGACUGUCUCACGGGCCUGUGCUGUUGCUGCUGUGUGGUUGCACAGGACGAGAAAGAAGUCAAGUUUCGAGAAGAACAAGCUCGGAAGCCCGCUGGGUCCAAGAAGGAAGGCUAUGUCACUCCUACCGCUAUGGCUUUCACUCCGAGGUCUUCAUGA